AUGGCAUAUGCAGCAGCCCAAGGCACCAGCGUGGUUGCCCACAGGGAGUCCAAGGAGGACGUGGGUGUUGAAUGCAAGGUGCGGGCACGGAUCCCGUAUCCAGGCGGGCACUUUUACCUGCACCUGUUCCACAACAGCGAGGACAAUAAGGAGCACCUAGCGAUCGUGUUCGGAGACGACGUCCGCAGUGCCUCGCUGGAGUCCGUCCAGGACGGCGAGAGCGAGAUGGACCGCAAGAUCCGCGGCGCCAGCACAGGUGCCGAGCGGCAGGCUAUCAGCAAGGCGAUCGCCCGCAGAAACACGGCGGGUGCCUCGGAGCCGCUGCAGCAUCCGGCAUUUGAGCCGGACGCCGAGGAUGCGUUCGGGUCGAGCCGCGUGCCAAUCGUUGAUGCGCCGCUGGUACGCAUCCACUCCGAGUGCUUUACGGGCGAAACCGUGUCAAGCGUGCGGUGCGACUGCGGGUACCAGCUGGCCGAGGCCAUGCGGCUGAUCCAGCAAGAAGGCCGCGGCGCCAUCGUCUAUUUGCGCCAGGAGGGCCGCGGCAUUGGCCUGAUGGAGAAGCUCAAGGCAUAUAACCUGCAGGACAUGGGCCACGACACCGUUGACGCCAACCUGCUGCUGAACCACCCCGCCGACGCCCGCACAUACGGGUCCGCCCGGGCCAUCUUGGCUGACCUGGGCAUCAGCAAGCUGAGGCUGCUGACCAACAAUACCGACAAGAUCCGCCAGCUGCGCGGCAACAAGAGCGAUCUGGACAUUGUUUGCCAUGUGCCCAUGUACCCGCGGUGGUGGGACGAGGAUGUUGAGGAUGAGUCGUCGUAUUCGCGGCACCUGGCACUCAAGAAGGAUGUUAUGCGGGAGGCUGAUCGGUAUUUGAAAACCAAGGCGGAGCGCAUGGGCCAUAUGCUGUCGCUAGAGAGCCACCAUGCUGCGCACCAAACUGGUUAG